AUGAACGAAAACGAAAGGACACCCAGUAACGACAAUAUAAAUUCUAACUACGACCAUAAUAGACGAAACAGAGACGAGACAAUGGAAAAAUUGCAAGGGUUAGUCGAGCAAUAUAUUGAUCAAUAUUUUCAGCGACAACCAAAUGCAUCAAAUAUUCUAAAUCAUCCACCGCCAUCGAGUACUCAAAUUGGUUUGCAAGACGCAAUUAGAUUACUCCCAUACUCUUUUGACGGAAGAGACGUUGAGCAAUUGGAAAUCUUCUUAGAAAAAUGCGAGUUUGCGGUGGAAUGCGUGGUCCCAGCAGCGGUACCACGAUUGCUGCAGGCCAUCCAAACUAAACUUACCGGAAAGGCCAGGCAAAUAACAAAAUUUAAACCUUUUGAAAGUUGGGAAGACCUUAGAGAUGCACUGAAAUCUAAUUUGGAACCACAGCGCACAACUCCACACUUAUAUUUAGAACUUUAUGCGACGAAGCAACUACCGGGAGAGGAUAUUUUGACCUAUUCAAUGAAAGUCGAAAAGUUACAAAAUCAGAUAGUAGAGCAGGAAACUUGUGAUCAACCGGUGGAGGUUGCACAAGCGAUAGAGCGAACGAUCCAAAACCAAGUCAUUCAAGUUUUUAUGGAAGGAUUGGGUAGUCUGAAAGAUUUUAUAAAGGCGCGAAAUCCUAAAUCGCUAGAAAAAGCAAUCCAAGCCGCUCGAGAAGAGGAGCGAAUAAGAAAUUCGAACCUAGGCGCUAGGCAAUUUUUAAAACCUUCUACAUCAGUGCCUUCUAACUCUAGCCAAUCAUGCCAUUCGUGUGGACGAAAAGGUCAUUUUUCUAAAUUUUGCCCACAAAAUCCUUCUACAUCAACCGGUAAAGGGAAACCGCAGAAGACCUCAAUUCCAAAUCCAAAUUCUACAGCUCCAGUUUGUAGGUAUUGUAAAAAUGAGGGGCACGUAAUUGAAGAUUGUAUUAAGAGGAGGUAUGCAAAUUCAAAAAAUAAUCGGAAAAAUUCGGAAAACACGAAACGACCUGGUCAAAGCGCACGCCCGGCCGGACAGCUGCAAGCCGCCAUCGUCCAAUUAGGAGAGUCUACACAUGCACCGCCCAGCUAA